AUGCAGUUGUGUUGUGAACACAUCAAUGGCUCCUGCAUAAAGAGCAGCUGGUCAAUCAGCAUUCGUAUUUCCAUGUAUAUCUUCAUGGUGUGUGUGAUCCUGGCUACCCUAGCUGGCAAUUUGACUGUGAUCAUCUCAAUAUCGCACUUCAAGCAGCUCCACACCCCAACCAAUUUCUUAAUCCUCUCGAUGGCCACAGUGGACCUUCUCCUUGGUUUCCUUGUCAUGCCUUAUAGCAUGGUGAGGUCGGUUGAGAACUGCUGGUAUUUUGGAGAAUUCUUCUGCAAAAUCCACACCAGCAUCGAUAUCACUCUUAGUACAGCCUCCAUCUUCCACCUCUCUUUUAUCUCCAUUGACCGCUACUACGCCGUGUGUGACCCGCUGCGAUACAAAGCAAAGAUCAGCACAGGGGUCGUAUUGGUCAUGAUCUUUGUAAGUUGGGUCUUCCCUGCUACAUAUGGCUUUGGGAUGGUCUUUUUGAAGUUAAACAUGAUUGGAGCAGAAGAGACCUUCUAUAGGCGCAUCUAUUGCGUGGGAGGCUGCUUUGUCUUCUUUAAUGAAACGUCAGGGGUGGUGGCCUCCGUGGUUUCUUUUUACAUCCCUGGAUUUGUCAUGUUGUGUGUCUAUGGGAAGAUAUACACUAUAGCCAAAAGGCAAGCCAGGUCCAUUAAGGCUACUGCAAACCAAAUACAGAUCAGAUUUGAGCAUCACAUUUCACAUAGCAGAGAACGAAAAGCAGCCAAGACUUUAGGCACUGUGGUCGGUGUCUUCCUCAUCUGCUGGUUCCCAUUCUUUUUCUGCACAGCAACAGACCCCUUUAUGAAUUAUGCGAUACCUCCCAUUCUCGUUGAUGCCCUGGUUUGGUUUGGUUACUUGAACUCCACCUUCAACCCAAUUGUUUAUGCGUAUUUUUACCUGUGGUUUCGAAGGGCCUUGAAGAUGAUUGUACUGGGGAAGGUUUUUCAGCAGGAUUCAUCCAGGACUCGGCUCUUUAUGGAGUGAAGCAUGUCAAGCUUUGAGAGUAUUUUCUUCAGUAUUUUACCAGGCACUGUCCAUUUCGAAGCAGAAGGUCAAAGUGAAAAAGCAUGUGUGAUGCUUCGGUGCAGUGGUUCCGGCAGCCCCACCAUGGCCCAGAAACAGGGUGCAGACCAAUAACCAACCAAGAGAGAAGUAUGGGUGCCAAUGGGCCACAACUUAUUGGCAAACAGACAUUGGCGGAGCAAGCAUGGCAUUGGGUGACAAUCUGUUGACAUAAGAGACUUUCAACAUGAAAGCCAACCUUCAUUGGCUGGGGCAUCCAUUUGGUGGGUUAUCCAGCACUGAGAGACCAGUGUAAUACAAAACCAAGCAUCUGAUCUGAGACCACUGGUAGCUUGAGACGGCUGCUGAACAGCCCGGCCCACUGGACCUUGAGCUGGGAGCUGCUCACCUUUCA